AAGGGAACGAAGAGGAAGGGACUCGAGCUGGACCGUGACGAGGUCUAGUCCCGGCGGUGAGCAUUCGGACCAAGUCCUCGUUCAUGAGCUUUUUGGCGCGCCACGACAGAGAGAAGCGAAGUGAAGCUUGAGAUAAGAGGUUAUGCGGAGAGGAGAUUGAGAUAAUGUCGAGAGGAUGUUGCUACUUGUAGGAGGGCAACUAACCUGAGUAGAAGGAUGAAUAGGAUUCUCGCGCUGCCGAUGAAGACGGUCGGUCAGAUGGUGGCUGCUGGGGAGAUCCGCCCUGGCCAGUUGGCCGAUGCAGCCUUGAAAAUGACCGUGGCCAUUAAGCCGCUCAACGCAUUCGUAACCGUGACGGGUGAGCUUUUGAAGCAGCAGUCCCGCGAUGCCGACGAGAGGCAGAUGACCAAGAGGCUGCUGGGCGACCUCGAUGGCAUACCAAUUGCGAUUAAGGAUAAUUUUUGUACGGGCGAACAGUUGACGACCUGUGCAUCUCGCAUGCUUGGGAAUUUCGUGCCGAGCUACGAUGCCACCGUUUAUAGAAAGUUGAAGGAGGCCGGUGCAGUCUUGGUAGGGAAAACCAAUUUGGAUCAGUUUGCCAUGGGUAGUGGUACCGUCGAUUCGUAUUACGGACCGACCAAGAACUUGUGGGGCUCCAGUUUCAUGCAAAAUUACAGCAUCGAUGGUCGUUUUCACGUGGAUGACAUAGGGCGUAGUAAUGGUCUGUCCGGUACGGAAGAUUGGUACAUAGCAGGAGGAAGUAGCGGUGGAUCUGCGAUCGCAGUUCUGACAGGUACUUGUUAUGCUGCGCUCGGUUCUGAUACGGGUGGUUCGACGCGAAAUCCAGCAUCGCACUGUGGUCUUGUGGGUCUAAAGCCAACUUAUGGACUAGUAUCUCGUCAUGGACUUAUACCGCUAGUCAAUUCCAUGGAUGUUCCUGGAAUACUUGCACGCACAGUGGACGAUGCUGUGGCGAUACUUAAUACAAUAGCUGGACCUGAUCCAUUCGAUUCGACAACGUAUAAAAGAGUCUAUACACCCAUACAACUCCCUGCACGGGUCGAUAUCAGUGGUCUUAGAAUAGGAAUUCCUAAGGAAUAUCGGUGCUCUGGAUUGACGAACGAAGUAGAAUCUAAUUGGAUGCAAGUAGGCCAAUUGUUGGAGGAUGCAGGAGCUCAUAUUUUGCCGGUCUCUUUGCCACAUACGGAGUACUCUAUUGUCUGCUAUUCCGUAUUGAAUCAGUGCGAAGUUGCCAGCAAUAUGUCCCGUUUCGAUGGAGUAGAAUAUGGUUUCAGGGCAGACGAGUAUUCGACGACCAAAGAACUUUAUGCUAAAACCAGAAGCCAGGGAUUUAACGACGUUGUUCGCAGUCGAAUUCUCACUGGCAAUUACUUCUUACUCGAGGAAAAUUACGAGAACUAUUUUGUUAAAGCAAUGAAGGUAAGAAGGCUCAUCGCUCAAGACUUUGACAAGGUCUGGCAGUCUGGUAUAGACUUGCUGUUGACACCGACGAUGCUCAACACCGCACCAAAUUAUUCUGAUUUUAUAAGUCAAGACAAUCAAACUCAGUGCUCCGUGCAAGACUAUUGCACACAGCCGGCUAACAUGGCUGGAAUUCCAGCCAUUAGUAUACCGAUAAAAUUAUCAAACGAGGGCUUGCCGUUGUCCGUGCAAUUGAUGGCCCCUAAACUGUGCGAAAAAACAAUGCUCGCUGUUGCCAAAUGGAUAGAGGAUGUCGUGAAAUUUCCCGUGCUAGUUCUCAAAGAUGAUAGUUUAAUAAGUUAAAGUUUGCUUUAAGGGACGCUACAGAGAUGCCUUGUUAUUGUAAUUUAAGUUAAAAGCUUGUAUACUUAUCGUUUAAAGAGUCUUGUUAUCUCAAUGUAUUAAUAUAUACAUAUACAUAUACAUAUAUGUUGACUUGUAAUAAAAGAGGGUAGGUAAUGCAAUUUUAUUUGAAAA